AAUUGGGAUUUUUUCGGUGUCCUCGUUCUGUUUCUGGUUUACUGAGUUAUGGGUUUUCAGCCCACCCUCCAUGCAUGGAGAAACCACCUUCUCGUUUUGAUACCAUAAGGAGAAAAAGUGGUUUAGAGAUGGAAGAUGCGGAAAAGCUACCCAGUGGUUCAGGAAACCAUGUUCCAGAGUCAAAAAGUGAAGUCGUAGACGCUAAUGUUGAAAGCAAAAAGGAGAACUUUCCCGGUUCAGCUACUGUCAUGGGCGAUGUAACUGAAAUGGAGAAUGGAGGAGAAGAUGUAAAUAGAUGUUCAAAUGAAGAAAAAGACAACCAUUGUACUAAUGCUAAGGUGAAAGAAGAAAAUAAUCACAAUAGUGUGACCAAUGAGGAAGGGUCUGUUCAUGAAGAAAUCAGUACCCAAAGUGGGAAUGUUGAGCAAAUAAAAGCUGUUGCAAAAGAUGAGCUGAAUGUUUGUGGAAGUUCAGUGGAUAAACAAGCAGAUAUGGAAAAAGAAGUGGUUGAACAAAAAUUUGCUAGUUGUGGUUUGCAAGAGAACCCAACGGAGAAGGAGAUGGACAAUGGAAAUCAUGUGAAGGAUGUGGCCGAAAACCCCAAUGAAGAUGUUAAAGAGAAAAAUCCUGAAAGAAUCUGCGAGUUGAACUUGGAUGGUGCUGAACGUGUUUCAUUAGGAGAAAAGUUGAUGGAGACUGCUCAUGUGGAGCAUGGGAAACUUUCUUCAUAUGAACCGCCUCAAAGACAGGAAAUGGAUCUAGACAAUGUUCAGCACGUUGAGGAUGUAGAAAUGAAUGAUGCAGCUAAUAUGGAUAAGGAUGAACGAGACCAAGAUAGUCUGAUGGGGCAAGGCGCCGAAACAGUUCUUCCUACUAAAACUGAUGGGGAUGACAAGACUGAUGUAGUUGCUGCCAAACAUGAAGGGGAAGACGCUUUGUGCCUGGACGAGCAUGAAGCUACUAAAACAGAUUCCCUUGGUGUAAAUUCUCCUGCAAAGGUUGAAGACGGAAGUGGAGAAACCUUAAAGUCUGUUUCUACACUAGAACUACUGCCGUGGAUGGGAGAUGGCGAUGAUGGAACACUAGAGGAUCAAAUUGCAUUCAUGAAGGAAAUUGAGAGUUUCCACAGGGAGAAGGCAAUAGACUUCAAACCACCCAAAUUUUACGGGCAGCCACUAAAUUGCCUAAAGUUAUGGAGGGCCGUGAUUAGGUUGGGAGGCCAUGAAACGGUAACUGGAGCCAAAUUGUGGAGGCAAGUGGGAGAAUCAUUUCACCCCCCAAAAACUUGCACUACUGUGUCUUGGACGUUCCGAAUUUUCUAUGAGAAGUCUCUUCUGGAAUAUGAAAAGCAUAAGAUACGAAUUGGUGAGCUUCGACUUCCCAUACCAACAGCCGCUGAAGCUGCUGGUGUUGAUGCUGAGGGUUCAGGAUCAGGAAAGGCUAGAAGAGAUGCUGCUGCUCGUGCUCAACGUGUUUCUGGUAGUGAGAUUGGUGAGCCUAUUAUAAAGGACAAGAGUCUGAGCAAUAUGGCCAAGCGUGAGAAGAUUAUAAAAAGCAUUGGCUCUCUCAAACAGAAAAGACCAAAUGAAAUGGAGCAUUCAAAUAAACUUGCCAGAACUGAUAUACCUAAGCAGAUGGAGCAUUCAAACAAACUUGCCAGAACUGAUAUACCUAAGCAACUAGUCCAGUCAGUUGUUGAUGCUGGGCCUCCAGCGGACUGGGUGAAGAUUAAUGUUCGCCAAACUAAAGAUUGUUUUGAGGUCUACGCUCUAGUUCCUGGGCUUUUACGUGAAGAGGUACGUGUUCAAUCAGAUCCUGAUGGACAUGUAGUCAUAACAGGUCAGCCUGAGCAAAUUGAUAAUCCUUGGGGGAUUACGCCGUUUAAAAAGGUGAUAACCUUACCGGCAAAAAUCGAUACACUUCAGACUUCAGCCGUGGUUAGCCUGCAUGGACGUCUCUUUGUCCGGGCUCCUUUCGAGCAGUCUAAAUAGAUAAAAUUUGAAGGUACAGUACACCUCCUUCAGAUUGGAAUAUAUUUUGAAAGGAAAUUAUAACGAGUAUUGUGAAUGUUCAACCUUCUACUAGUUUUUUAUUUUUGUCAUGAUAGAGGUUUGAAGCUCUUCCUAACCAUAGAUCAAGUU